AUAAUAAUAUGUUUGGGAAAUUCAUAAUUUCUACAAUUACCAUUGUGAUUCUAUCUUCUUUUGUUUUUAUUUACUAAAGUAUUCCAAAUUAUCAAGGAGAAUGGUCAUCUUAACAUAUUAACAAUGAUGUUAAGUAAAAUUACCAACAAAUUAUUUUAGGAUAUAUCGAGAUAAAACUUAUGGUAUACCUCAUAUACAUUCAAAAACAUUAAAAGAAGGAUAUUAUGGAUUAGGAUUUGUACAUGCUUAAGAUAGAUUAUGGUAAUUACACUUAAGAAGGUAAUCAUUAGAUUACAUAUAUUUAGAAUGUCCUCAUAAGGUAGAUUAAGCGAGAUUUUUGGAUUUCGCUAAGAUAUCCUAAACAUAGAUAAGUAUAUAAGAAAUUUAGGUUAUCUUGAAUCAUGUAGAAGAAUAGUUGAAAAACUGAGUGAAGAAGCCAAAGUUCAUUUACAAUCUUAUGCAGAUGGAAUUAAUGAUGGUGUAAAAUCAUUAUAAAUGCUACCAAUAGAAUUUAAGAUUUUGGGAGUAUAAUUUUAAGAUUGGGAAAUACUUGACAGUGUGGCAUUUAUCAAAUUAAUGUCUUUAUUGAAUGUUAAUGAUAUGUUUCAUGAAUUUAUGAGAACAAAGUUUGAUGAAUUAUAUGGUAGAGAACUUGCAAACAUCUUAGGAUCUGUUGGACCUCAUAACUAAUUUGAUUCAGAUGUUACAGAAGUUUAAGAAAAAGAAUGGGUUUAAUUUAUGCAAACCAAUAAUGUUUCAUACAAUAAAAAAUUUGGAUAAAAUUCUAAGAGUGAAAAUGAAAAAGCAACAUAAUACAAUCUAACAGAAAUUUUAUAAUCAAUACCAGAAUAUUAUUCUAAUUAUAUAUUCCCAACCUUAAAGGCAUCUAAUGCUUGGGUUAUAAGUGGGAAUCAUACUAAAAGUGGGAGACCUCAUUUAGCAAAUGAUCCUCAUUUAGAUAAUAAUAUUCCAUCAUAAUGGUAUUAAGCAGAAAUUUAUUUUCAGAUGGAAAAUCAAGAAUAUAAUUUUAUAAUAGGUGGAACACUUCCUGGAUUGCCAUUUAGUUUGAGUGGAAGAAGCAAAUACUUAGGUUGGGGAUUGACUACUUUAUAUUCUGAUGGAGGAGACAUUUAUGAAGAAGAGAUUCUUUAAAAAGAUAAUGAAAAUUUAUUAUACAAAUUUAAUAAUGGCUGGAUUCCUUGUAAAAAAACGAUAGAGAUCAUAAAAAUAAAAGGUUUAGAAGAUUAAUCUAUAACAAUUUUUCAUACUCAUCAUGGUCCAAUUAUGUAAUAUUAUAUUGAGAACAGUAAAUUAAGAGAUCAUAAUGGUCAUUUUUAUUCAUUAUAAUCUAUAGUUCAUAUAGAUGAUUACUAAUCAUUUGAUGGUUUUAUUCAUUUCGCUUAAGGAAAGGAUUUAAAGUAAAGUAUGGAAUUUUUGAAAAAUAUUUGUUAUCCUAAUAAUGGAAUGGUAUUCAUAAGUCAUGAUAAUCAUAUUGGUUAUUUAUCUACAGGAAGAUUGGUUAUAAAGGAGGGACAUCCAGAUGAGAAUGCAUAUGUUAAGAAGAACAAUAAAGAAUGGAUUAGAUAUGUACCAUACUAAGAAAUUCCAAUGAUUAUUGAUCCUGAAAAAGGAUAUAUUGUUGUUGCAAAUAAUAAAUUUAUACCAGAUAAUGAAUUAAGUUGGAAUUCACAACCAACAAGCAGAGCAAGGAGAAUAAAUGAUUUAAUUACUUAAAUGAUAAAAAAUGGUUAGAAAUUUUCUGUUUUAGAUCAUAUAAAAUUUUAAUCAGAUACAUAUGAUAGUUAUGCUUGUAACACAAAAGAAGAAUUAAUUUAAUUGCUGAAAAAAUAUGAUAAAAAGAAGGAAUUAAUAAACGAAAUUGUAAUAUUAGAAAAUUGGACAUGUAAAUGGGAUUAAGAAUCUUCAGGUGCUUUAUUGUAUGGAGUAUUCGAGUAUUUUUAUUCAUUCAAAUUCCAUUCUUAAUUAGAUGAAGCAGUUAUAAAAUAAUGGAACAAUUUUUAUAUUUUUGAUUCCUUUCAUUUUAAAAAUCUUAUUGAUAUGAAUAAUGCAUAACCUAAUGAUUAAAUUCUUAAUUAACCAUAUUGCAAUGGUUAAGUAUAAGAUAAAUGUGCUUUGAAUUUAGUUGAAUCAUUAAGAGAAGCAAAAUAAUUUAUAAAUGAAAAAUUUGGUAAUCAAACAAUAGAUUGGAAAUGGGGAUCAUUACACAAUCAAGUUUUUCCACAUGCAUUUUCUAAAACACUUCUCGCUUUCAUUUUUGAAAGAAGAAUUCCUUAUUCAUCAAAUAGAAGAGCAGUGGGAGUAUCAUCUUAUGAUUUAGAUGGAUCUUUUAAUGGUAAAACAGGAUCUAAUUAUAAAUAAAUUAUAUCAAUGGAUCCAGAAGAAUCAAAUUUCUUUGUAAUUGAUACAGGAAUUAGCGGAAACCCAUUUAGUAAAUUGUAUACAAAUUAAAUGGAUAUUUGGAAAUAAAAUAAAUAUGUAAAGAUGAAGUUUGGAAAUAGAACAGAUUAUGAUUUAUUAUAUGUUAUACAUCCAAAUUGA